UCGAUGUGUGGAGUUGAUCUCACAUUUAAGACAUACUUAGUGGAAACGUAGAACUGAAAUCGUUUUGAAAAGUCUUAAAAUUGGAGAAAAUGCGAAUUACUCUCUGAAUGCCACUGUACAAACAAUGUCCACAUCUUGAUAAGACUGUUUAUCUCACGUAUGCAGUUGUCACGUUUCGUCGUGGACAUCUUCCGCAAGAGUAGAACCAUCAUCACCCGAUCACAAUGGCCCAUUUUCGACUUCCUUUUUUGGGAUGAAAAUGCACCAAAAAAAAAAAAGAAAUGAUAAGCGAACGCAUCGAAGUACCAAAUUUGCCAUAUUUGGAUAAAACAAUACACAAACCUGUUUCUCGUUCCCGUAUUUGGAUUGCCAUCGAUUGAUGGUGAUCGGUUUUUUUUUGGGGGUUGCAAUGCAAUAUGACAAGCACAAGGGGUUGUCACUAAAGCGCGCUCACAGACGACACUGAACACUUCUUCCUGAAGUGGGAACACUUAAUCUUAGGUGCCGAAACUGUAGCUGAGCGGUUUGGAAGUUGCGAUCGCUUUUCUUUAAGCUUAUUUGCUUUCUCCCGCUCAUGUAGGUAAUCUUCGUGUAAGGGGUUAAGGACAAUGUCCGGCGUGGCCGGUUGCGUCGCCAACAAAAUCAUCCGGAGCACAACCCGGAAUACUUGCGGCAAACGCAUUCGAUUGGGGUCAACCGUACGCAGUUUUGCGCUGCCGUUGAGCCGUUGUUUGAAUUUUUGAGACAGCAAAUUAUCAUACAAUAAAUUAAAGCCAACCACCGGAACGGGUGUUUUUUUGGGCAGUCUUGCUCAGUUCCCUCGGUGCGUCGAAAUGCAAAUGAAGUUAUUGUCGUGUAGUUUAUGUCCCAUGGUGUGCUUUUUUUCUUUCUUUGGUUGUCGCGGACCUAUGUUUGUGUAUGUUAUUUACUUUCCCGCUUUACUGUCUUUCGUUGGUUCGACCGGGGGUCAUCUGCUUGGAGUGAUUAUUUCCAUUUCUUUUUUUACUCGUUUUUUGAGGAGUAGACACUAAGGCGAACAAAUAGUCAAAAGCCCAAGUUAGUCUAACCGUAAUCACGGUAUAUCGAUUAAAUGUCAAUCGAACCGGUAACCGUUUAUAAACAAGGUAAAAAGAAAGGAAAGUGCCGUUAAUAGUGUAGUCGCAUCGUAUGCCAUUUCUGAGAAUCUGAGCAGAGGACGAGUUUGAGCCAUGAGUGGCCGUAGAAUUCCUGGAGCUCGUAAGGACGUGAUUAAAUUUUCCCCGCGUCCACACGAACUUUUGUCUGAACAUUGAAAACCGCGUGCUUCAUGAUUGGACCUGGUGGAACUAACUGCAUUAAAAUUUAUGUUGCUUAUAUUUUGUUGAGAAAUGAAACAGAUUUUCAACAAAACUUUUAAGUAAAGCUUUUAAUUUUGAAAGACUACCUCACUCACGCACCAAAAAUAACUGAUAGUAAUGAUAAUAUCAUGCUCCGGUCCUUCUGGCAUCCAAUGUUACCUUUCUGCUUCUCGAUAAACCCGUUUGUCUGCCAAUGUGUCACCGUUAGGUUGCGAAUCGGAACGACUGAACUGGCGUCCGAAAUGUCAUUCCCGAGCGACUGACAGACAUGCAGGAGAUGUAUGAUUUAAUGGCGCCAUUCACUUGACACCAAAUAAGGUAUUGUCCAGCCCAGCAGCCCAGACCUCGGGACUACAUUCUCAAUGAUAUGUCGGCGAUCUGGGCGAUAUCUUCCCAGUACCCGGUUGGAUGCCCGGUUGGUUAAAUUGCCGCCUAAGAUAUCUUCCCCAUUGCAGCAGGAACGCAUCUGGAAUACUGAUGGAAUCUGCACGUUUUUGAUGAAUUCGUUGGCGGUCGUUGCUUUUGAUGAUGUAUCGUACAGCCUGAACCUGGGAGAGGGGAAAGGGACAAACUCUCUCGAUUGAUUCCAUCCAGGGAAGGUCACGAGCGCAAUAAAAGGGAACCGAGGGAAAAGAGAUACAGGUUGAAUGAAUUAUUGAUGCAGUUUGUCCCUCUCCGGUGAAAGACGCAGUGAAAUGUCUACGUCGAUCAUUAUACCGAUGGACCGAUGGAGAAUGGCUGAGAUUGUCUUUUUUGUUUGCUAAAAACAAAAUAUAUAUAUGUAACACUUACUCGUGACUCGAUCAUAUGAUCGAUGGAAUGGUCAAUGGCUAAUCUUUAACUGAUGUCAUGAUGAAGCCAUCUUCUUAAGCAUAAUAUGCAAACAGAGAGACACGAGUUAGCUUAUCGCACAUUCGCAUCAAUACAUUGUUCUACUGCACAUGAGCGGAUAAUCGUGAUGAGGUCCCAUAGGACGAAGGUCUCCACACACAGCAGGAAGGUGUCGAUUGGGCACGAAUUUAUAAUAUUUUUGCUCUUUACGAAACGCAAUGUAACACCGUUCGUGAUCAAGAAGCAUGAUGCGAAAGUCCGGGAUGUUCUAGAGAUGUGCUAACCAGUAGCCUAGAAUAAGGCACCAAACGUGACUUCAAACUUUAUGACGUCUAAGCAUUGUUCUCACUUACAGAACUAACUUCCAAUGCCCUAGGACGUUAGAAAUUUGGGAAAAGUUUCACCACGCUUCCAACAUUCUUUCCCAAAACGGUAUACCAGUUUCUAAUAUCGUGACCUUAAUGUCGGAUACAACCGGCAACACGCCUCUGCCAUAUGCUUUUGUGUGAUCCGUUAACGAUCGAUCGGUAUCGCUCGUCGAUCGAAAGUUGCACGAAGAUCUGAUUCUGCUUCUUCCCGAUUUGGCUGAGCUUGGCAAACAUUGAUGACCGUUCCGCACAUCCCUCCCGGUGCGCAAGAUCGUUUCCGACAGCUUAAGCGACCGUUAAUGAGUCAAUCGAUAGCUUGCUUCAUCAUCGGUUUCCGAGUGUACGGUGCGCGGGGUAUGGAUGGGGCCAGUGUGGUGUGGUUUCCUUUUGCCACGAGUAUAUUAUCGACACCAGCCAGCCGAGGGGUCAGUUCCGCGCAUUUGCCUUCAAGUGGGGUGUUAUUUAACUUUUUAAACUUUGAUGUAGGAUUUUUUUUGCUCUCUUCUUCUUCUUCUUUAGCGCUCUCGUUUUCGCUAUUCCUUUCGCACAAGUUCUCGGCACGAGUGCCCGUUUGGAUGAUAAUUAAUUGAGCCGAUAAUUGAGUUUAAGUGUUGCGGAAAAUGGCGUGGAGGUGGCACGAAAUCAAGAUGAUGAUUGAAAUUGAUUGCCAUCUAAUAAGGCAAUCCCGGGUGUGGGGGGUGAAAUUGUUGUGAUUACUGCCCAGUGAAAGCCAGUCCAGUGUUUAUUUGCAUUUUGUUUGAUGUGGUUUAUAGUGUUAUGAGAGAAACGGCAAGAAAAAAAUACGCGAAACGUGAAGUGUUUGGUAAUUUUGAGGAAAAUUGAUGCAAUCAUUCUUAUGUUUUUGGGCAAAAAAGGAAAACAAAAUUUUCUAUAAUACUUUGACUUGAAACCGCAAAAGUGUGGUGUGCUGGGAAAGUUUUUUCGUAAAGUAACAAACCUUUCCAGGGGGUGAAAAUGUUUUUUAAAUUUUAAUGUUAUUAAACCCACUCAUAACUGUCUUGAAGAACAUGGCAAUUUGAGCCACACUCGUGAAACAAUAAUUAUAAAACCAAAACCCACAAAAGCUUUUUCCCAUCUUACCCGUAUCAGGUUGAUUUCCCUUCACAGCAAAACGCACUCAUAAUUAUGAGUCAUGCUCGCACUGGAUUAAACGAUGGGAUCCUACCAGAAAGAUAUGGCAUCGUCACCGCAAAUGACCUUUCUACGCACAGAUUCCUUCUAUUUCCAAUCCCUCUUUUGCAGAAACCACGGAACAUCACGUCAUUCGCCCAUGGUUUUUUUUUUUGCUUCCCUCCAACAUUCCACCGGUCCAUGGGCAGUCGUUUGUUGAUGGUGAAACUAUCCGAUGAAUCACUUCCCAACAUUGACCUCGGUUCCAGCUCGCGGUAACGAUCCGGCACGCGAACCCUUAACACUAGACAGAGUGUCGUCGCGACCGUUUGUGUGCCGCUGAAUGCCCGGUGCGGGUAAAUUUGAAUUUCCCCGAGUGCAUCGGUAUCUGGCACGUUCCUUGGCGCCCAGCCUGGAAUGGUCAGGACGAGCGUAAUGAAAUUAUUAUGGUUGCAUGCGAACUUCAUCGGCAACGAUACGAUGGGAUUUUUCUUUUCCUCCCGAGAGAGCAUGAUGGAGGUGCAAAACAACACAAAGGACAAGGUCGUUUCGCUUAGUUUAAUUGGUACACUCGGGGUGAAGAAACGAUGGGGUCUGUUUCAUUCUUUAGCUCAACCUGCCCCUUGGUAUGGUAUCCCAUAACAUGGGUGAAUAUAAAUUUUUCAUUCCAACAGUAUGAAAUGGUGCCAAUGAAAAUGGAACCGGUUCGGGUGAUGAUGUCACGUUGGACAUUGGGUAGAAUUUAUAUACAUAUCUGAUACCAAAAUUGAAAAUCUGAUGUACGUAUUUACUUCUUUUCGUACAGUCCAGCAAAACCCAAACUUUCGGUUGGGACGAACGAAGUCGAAUAUCCCGCGCACGGAAAAACCAAAUGGCUACCACCCGGACUUGGUUGUUUUGACAUGAUUGGAUCCAAGAAGGACAUCACCAGCGACUGUUGCGGAAGUGUCUGUGGCACCCAUUUACCUACUGACGAAGGACGGUUUUAUUAGAUUACCACCAAAGUGACGAAGUAGCAACAACAUCGCGCUAGUCCACACGCCGAAGACGUUUCCAAGUGGGUAGAAAAUGGACCAAGAACGUCGGUCGUGAGCAUCAGUGAACUAUCGUGUUUUAUGAACCGAUGUUUUACCGCUACCGGAAGCUUGAAGAUUAAUUAAAAACAACAGAGUAAACGAAAUACAAAAACAACCACACCAACCAAAGAGAGAGACAGUUUUUGAGGUGUGUGCGUGUGAUAGCGGUGCUUACUGGGUCAAGAAAACGGAAACAACUGACAUCGGAUCGAUCGGAACAGUUCAUUAAAAUGGGUGCGCCACCUGCAAAGAAGCCGUUGGUCAACAGGAAUUUAAUAUCCUUGAAAAUUGUCCUCUUCCUGUUUUACGGAGCGUUAGGAUGUCUUCAUCCUUACAUCCAGAAGCACAUGACCCUGACCGGGUUAAAUUACUACGAGUCACAGUUGGUGACGCUGGUUGCACCGCUGGUGGCAAUACUGGGACCAUUAAUAAUUGCCCCACUGGUGGAUCGAUUGGCAGGACGUUCUGGAAGUGCCUUCGGUAAAAGGUUACGCUUGCUGGCUGCACUCUGCAUGAUCCUCUCCGUCAUCCUCUACUCGGUGUUGUUCUUUGUCGUACCGAGGGUGGAACGAGAAGAAUCAAGCCGCUCGCAAGUAAGUUUCGCCUGUGACUAUGACGGUGCCAUCAUCUUUCAGCAGCGCUGCAGUGAGGAACGCACCUGUUAUCAGUGGAAACGUGAGAAGAUUGGUCACCUGACACUUACAAACUGUUCCUACACCUGUCAGAAACCGGUGGAGUUCGAAAACCUUAACCAUCCGUACACUAAAGGAUUGGUUUUGCCUUCAUCCACGGAGAGCUCGGUGGAGGAUGAAGAUUACGAUUUGAACGAUGAGCCAUUGCCGGCGCCGGAAAAUAUACGGCAGGAGCCUAAGGUGCAGGUCGAUAACACACCGAUCCCCGUACCGCACAUCUGUGAGCACAAGGGCAACCCGGAGAAGGAACUGUGCCACGCGUACACAUCCGCGUCGGAAUCUUUGAAGUUGGCUACGGUGUUGCGCAGUGCAGUUAACGAGGAAAACGAAACGCACAGUGCUGAGUGGUGCCGCUAUCCACUCGACGGCUUCUCCUGUGACAUUCCGGAGAAACAAAUCAUCUGGAUGAAGUUGCUGACCAACUCAUCGAACUGCACGCCCAAGGUUGAGUGUGAGGUGCAUGAUCCGUACGAUGACGAGGAGAGUGUACUUUCGGAAAGUGUGUGCAUGCGUAUCGUUGGAGACCCUGAAGUUACGUUCUGGUCGUACAUUGUCCUGCGGUCUUUCGGCGAUGCGUUCCUGCUUGCCGUAAUUGUACUGCUGAACGCGGCUACUAUAAUCGCAACACGUGAAACCUCUACCGGACGGGGUGACUUCGGGCGGCAGAUUGUUUGGGGUGCGAUCGGAUGGGCUGUAUCGUACUUUGCGCUUGGGUGGUUCUUCGAGACGUACUACGGAUAUGUCGGACUGGCACUGUUGGCCGCUUUAGUACUCCUGGUGUCGUCUGGAAUGCCGCUUACUCCGCCCGAGAUGUGGUGGCACACUAAAUGCGGCAUGGUCGCUAUUCCAAUGUCUGCCAUUCGUCGUUACGGUCCCGAGUCGGCCGGUCUCUGUCUGGUGACACUGAUCCUCGGUACGUUCUGGGCCGUACUCGAUAACUAUGAAGGUGUACUGGUGAAAACGUACGACAUCCAUCCUGCGGCGGAUAGUUAUUACGGUGAAGUGUGGAGUGCUUUUGUCGUGCUCGGAGCUUUGCUCACAAUUCCAGCCCUUUGGUAUGCAGAAAAGAUUGUCGACUUCUGCGGUCACUCGAACAUCCUGAUCACCGCCAUUACGACGUUUAUCUUCCGCUUUUCACUGCUCGCCACGACUGAAGUUGCCUGGUGGCGUGUGAUCAUCGACUUCCUGUAUCCGGUUACACUCGGACUCACCUGGCUGACGAUCGUGUUCUACAUGCGUCACAUUAUGCCGCGCCGUAUCAUUACCACCGGCCAAGCACUGCCCGUUAUCUUUCACUUCUGUCUGGGUCGCUUCCUUGGUGCGCUCAUCGGCAUGUGGACGAACAUUGAUGAUCUGAUUGUCACGUUCCAGGCACUGGCGAUCAGUGCGUGUAUCAUCUCCGUCCUGUAUUUCCUACUUUACCAUCUCGUGCUAGCACCGCGCUGUGCCGCCCGAUUGCAUCACGAACCGUCCGCCUCGGCCCUUAACAUUACAGCACCGGAUACGGGCAAUGGGCACCAGCAGCAGACGGCUCUAGCACAACCGGUCCAGACGAACGGUAGCUACCAACCGCUUCGGAUCUAUCACAACUACCGUGGCCGAAAGGGUCACUUCCGUUACUAAUCGCUGCACGAACUAAGCAGCCGUUAAAAGGCUCCGAGCUAUACUAGUCCUCUUUAGACUACUGUUAGACCACGGUCCGGUGCAUUCGCUAACCGUUAAAGCUCUCGUUCUUGUAUGGUGCUUGUAAGGCUGGAGGCUGCCGCGAGAAAAAAAAAUGUCAGAAAAGGGAAGAGGGAAACCAUUCUGCUCUUGGACGAACAUGGUACCAAAAAGGAAUACAAACGAUCUAAACAUUAAAUCUCCUAAACUCACUUAAAGCAUUUGCUGGUGCGGCCAGCAGUGACUUUCAGUUGUCUUAAGUUAUUUUCACUCAACCUGUUGUGGUCUUUUGAAACAAAAGUCACUUUAGCAGACGAUUGGUUGAUUUUGAAGCGAAGAUUUGUCGGUCGGAAUUAUAAACAAUUAAAUCGUUAGCCGCUUUUUAGUGAAAGUGUCAACUUUCGGCCUUUGCAUUGCAGACCAUUGUGGACGUUUUUUCAGUUUUAGUUUAGUUAAGGAAUACUUUCAUAAGAAGAGUCAUUCGUCUGGCGUCUCGGUGUACACCGUGAGUGUUCGGUAGGUUAUUAAGAUAUUUUCCUUGUUUUUGUUUCCCUUCCAAUGCUCUGAAAGCAUUAUUUAGUUUUACCCUUAGACUUACUAACGAAACGAACAACUCAUUUGUAGACAAUGAAACUCACCUAUCAACAUUUUCAUUUUCGUUUCAUUUUCAUUCGCUCAUAACUCAUUUUAAACAGUUGAAAAUAGAAACCACUUACACUACGUACAACAACCUGUUCGAUUAUCGAAGGAAAGGAAAUGAAUUUCCUCAAACAAAUGCAAACCUUAACGACUCUCUGUGUAUACCUGGAGAAGGAAACAAAAAGAAUGAUGAUAAUACAAGGAGGUACAAUCUUUACGCUAUCUAUUUACACGCCUUACUCUAUCAGUAAACAGAACAAAAACAAAAACCAAAACACGCCUUAAAUGUUAUGGAAGUCAUUUACAUCCUCGCGGUCGGAAAACAAACUGCAAAAAACUUUGGGAAACUGUUGAACCGGGAUAGGGACAAAAGGGCAAAGGAUGUUGGAAUCGAGAAUUGCUUCAAAAGCGAUACACGCGCCUACCUUUGCUAGAGCCGCCUUCCUUUUAAAGCAAAUAACGCAUCGUUCUGGCCGACAUGUUCCGGACGUUACACUUCCCAACACUGUGUAUGGUUAAAAGAUAACAAAAACUACUUUAUAUUUGUAAAUAAAGCUAAGCAAUAAUCGGA